AUGAGCAGACUCUGAGGGGAAGUUUGGCCGCCGCCGCCGCCGCGGGCCCCGUGAGGGAGGAGCCGCCGCCGCCGCCGCCGCGAGCGCGGGCCCGGCACCGCCAUGGGCAACCGGGGCAUGGAGGAGCUCAUCCCGCUGGUCAACAAGCUGCAAGACGCCUUCAGCUCCAUCGGGCAGAGCUGCCACCUCGACCUGCCGCAGAUCGCCGUGGUGGGCGGGCAGAGCGCCGGCAAGAGCUCGGUGCUGGAGAACUUCGUGGGCCGGGAUUUCCUUCCCCGUGGCUCUGGGAUUGUCACUCGCCGGCCUCUCAUCCUGCAGCUCAUCUUCUCCAAGACAGAGUAUGCCGAGUUCCUGCACUGCAAAUCCAAGAAGUUCACGGAUUUCGAUGAGGUGCGGCAGGAGAUUGAGGCCGAGACCGACCGGGUGACGGGCACCAACAAGGGCAUCUCCCCGGUGCCCAUCAACCUGCGCGUGUACUCGCCUCACGUGCUGAACCUGACCCUGAUCGACCUGCCGGGGAUCACCAAGGUGCCGGUGGGGGAUCAGCCGCAGGACAUCGAGUUCCAGAUCCGGGACAUGAUCCUGCAGUUCAUCAGCCGGGAGAGCAGCCUCAUCCUGGCCGUCACGCCGGCCAACAUGGACCUGGCCAACUCGGACGCGCUCAAGAUGGCCAAGGAAGUGGAUCCGCAGGGCCUGCGGACCAUCGGGGUCAUCACCAAGCUGGACCUGAUGGACGAAGGCACCGACGCCCGGGACGUGCUGGAGAACAAACUGCUGCCCCUGCGGAGAGGCUACAUCGGGGUGGUGAACCGGAGCCAGAAGGACAUCGACGGCAAGAAGGACAUCCGCGCCGCGCUGGCGGCCGAGCGCAAGUUCUUCCUGUCCCACCCCGCCUACCGGCACAUGGCCGAGCGCAUGGGCACCCCGCACCUGCAGCGGGUCCUCAACCAGCAACUCACCAACCACAUCCGGGAGACGCUGCCCUCGCUGCGGAGCAAGCUGCAGAGCCAGCUGCUGUCCCUGGAGAAGGAGGUGGAGGAGUACAAGAACUUCCGCCCCGACGAUCCCGCCAGGAAAACCAAAGCCUUGCUGCAGAUGGUGCAGCAGUUCGGGGUGGACUUUGAGAAGCGGAUUGAGGGUUCAGGAGACCAGGUGGACACUCUGGAGCUCUCCGGAGGCGCCAGGAUCAACCGGAUUUUCCACGAGAGAUUCCCCUUCGAGCUGGUGAAGAUGGAAUUCGACGAGAAGGAUUUGAGGCGGGAGAUCAGCUAUGCCAUCAAGAACAUCCACGGGGUGAGGACGGGGCUGUUCACACCAGACCUGGCCUUCGAGGCCAUCGUGAAGAAGCAGGUGGUGAAGCUGAAGGAGCCGUGCCUGAAGUGCGUGGAUUUGGUGAUCCAGGAGCUGAUCAACACCGUGCGCCAGUGCACCAGUAAGCUGGGUUCCUACCCCAGGUUGCGGGAGGAGACCGAGCGGAUCGUCACCACCCACAUCCGGGAGCGGGAGGGCAAAACCAAGGACCAGAUCCUGCUGCUCAUCGACAUCGAGCUCUCCUACAUCAACACCAACCACGAGGAUUUCAUCGGCUUCGCCAACUGUUUCACUGAGCAGCACGUGGCAACCGGCGCGCAGCAGCGGAACACGCAGACCAACAAGAAGAGAGCGAUCCCCAACCAGGGGGAGAUCCUGGUGAUCCGCCGGGGCUGGCUCACCAUCAACAACAUCAGCAUCAUGAAGGGCGGCUCCAAGGAGUACUGGUUCGUGCUGACGGCCGAGUCGCUCUCCUGGUACAAGGACGAGGAGGAGAAGGAGAAGAAGUACAUGCUGCCUUUGGAUAAUCUGAAAAUCAGGGAUGUGGAGAAGGGAUUCAUGUCCACCAAACACAUCUUCGCCAUCUUCAACACGGAGCAGAGGAACGUGUACAAGGAUCUCCGGCAGAUCGAGCUGGCCUGCGAUUCCCAGGAGGACGUGGACAGCUGGAAAGCCUCGUUCCUCCGGGCGGGAGUUUAUCCCGAGAAGGACCAGACGGAGAGCGAGGACGGAGCGCAGGAAAACACCUUCUCCAUGGACCCGCAGCUGGAGAGGCAGGUGGAGACCAUCCGGAACCUGGUGGAUUCCUACGUGGGGAUCAUCAACAAAUCCAUCCGGGACCUCAUGCCAAAGACCAUCAUGCACCUCAUGAUCAACAAUACCAAGGAUUUCAUCCACUCGGAGCUGCUGGCCUUCCUGUACUCCUCGUCGGACCAGAGCAGCCUGAUGGAGGAGUCGGCGGAGCAGGCGCAGCGGCGGGACGAGAUGCUGCGCAUGUACCACGCGCUGAAGGAGGCGCUGGCCAUCAUCGGCGACAUCAGCACCAGCACCGUGUCCACGCCCGUGCCCCCGCCCGUGGACGACACCUGGCUGCAGCCUGCCGCCGGCCACAGCCCCCCGCCGCAGCGCCGGCCGCCCUCGGCGCUGCUGCCCCCGGGCCGCCCCCCGUCCCUGCGGGCCCCGGCACCGGGGCCGCCGCUGCUGCCGCUGCCCGGGGGGGCCCCGCCCGCCUUCGCCGCGCCCCCGAUCCCGUCCCGCCUCGGCCCCUUCGCCGCCGCCAGCGACCCCUUCAGCGCCCCGCCCCAGAUCCCCGCCCGGCCCGCGCGGAUCCCGCCCGGCAUCCCGCCCGGCGUGCCCAGGAGGCCCCCGGCGGCCCCGAGCCGCCCGACCAUCAUCCGCCCGGCCGAGCCCUCCCUGCUGGAUUAACCACGGGAUCCACGGGAUCCUCGGGAUCCUCGGGAUCCGCCCGGGCCACCGCCCCCGGCACGGGGACAGACGGGGGAAACGGGGGAAAAACGGGGGAAAACGGGGAAAAGGCGACCCAGAGACCCAGAGCCAGCCCGGAUCCCAUCCCAGGGUGAUCCCGGGGCUGAUCCUGAUCCCGGAUCCCAUCCCAGGGUGAUCCCAGGGCUGAUCCUGAUCCCGGAUCCUGGGGCUGAUCCGGAUCCCGGGGCUGAUCUUGAUCCUAUCCUGGGGCUGAUCCCAAAUUUUGUAGCUGCUCCUGGAGCUGUUCCUGAGCUGAUCCCAGAUCCUGGGGCUGAUCCUGAUCCCAUCCCAGGGUGAUCCUAGAGCUGAUCCCAGGGCUGAUCCUGAUCCCAGAUCCUGGGGUGAUCCUGGGCCUGAUCCUGAGCUGAUCCCGAAUCCUGGGGCUGAUCCCGGAUCCCGUCCUGGGGCUGAUCCCAGGGUGAUCCCAAAUCUUGGAGCUGAUCCCGGAUCCCGGGGCUGCUCCCGGGGCUGCUCCCAGAUCCCGAUCCUGGAUCCCGGCGGGGGCAGCUCCCGGGCAGGUCCCAGCAGCUGAUCCCGGCAGCUCCGGUGCCCCCCCGGUGCCCCCCCGGUACCGGAUUUUGGGGCGGGGGCGGGGGGGGAACUUUGCACUUUGUCAGAAUUCCC